AGUUGGUCCGAGUUCCCGGGAGUUUCCCGGUGUGCUCCCCCGUGUUCGGCCGGUUGCUCCCAGGCUCCUUUCCUCCCUACCUCUCUCACGGUCCACUCGACCCCUCUCUCUGCCACCGGCCGCCAUGGAGCAGCCGCCGGCGCCCAAGAGUAAGCUAAAAAAGCUGAGUGAAGACAGUUUGACUAAGCAGCCUGAAGAAGUGUUUGAUGUGUUGGAGAAGCUUGGAGAAGGGUCUUAUGGAAGUGUUUUUAAAGCAAUACAUAAAGAAUCUGGUCAAGUUGUUGCAAUUAAGCAAGUACCUGUUGAGUCAGAUCUUCAGGAAAUAAUUAAAGAAAUUUCCAUAAUGCAACAAUGUGACAGCCCCUAUGUGGUGAAGUACUAUGGCAGCUACUUCAAGAACACAGACCUCUGGAUUGUCAUGGAGUACUGCGGAGCUGGCUCUGUUUCAGACAUCAUUCGGUUACGAAACAAGACAGCCAGAGCCUCUGUCUUAGCCAACUACCUUGCCCUCUGCUUCUGGUCAGUACCUGAUGGUCACCCUUGUCCCUUUACCCAAAAGUCACCAGCGCUUGCUUCCUCUGCUUGCUCACCUCACAUGUUCUUUGCCCCAGAGCUUCAGUUUUUGCCGUUUGCUCCAGAAUCUGAGAUCGCCAGAGCCUCUGUCUUAGCCAACUACCUUGCCCUCUGCUUCUGGCCUCUUGAGGAGGAGCUGAGGAUGAAGAGCAUGGAGGACAAUACCCUUGGGGAACAUCCUGAUGUUCAAGAGUCACUGGGUCCCCUGGUGGCCCCCACCCCUCUCCGUCUGCCCCAGAUGACACUUCAGGUUUCUGAAGCUACAGUGACCAGAAACCCUCAAGAAGAAGGCGACAUCCCCAGAAGCAACCCACCUGUGGCUUUUACAGAGGUCCUCCAGACACCAGCCAUCAGGAUUCCUCCAUCUACCCGUGGCCUGGGUGGCCCUCCCAGGGACCAGGCCUCAGGGCCAGAUGCAAGCGAUAGAAUCACUGGGCCCUUCCUGGAACCCAGUCAGCACCAGGUGGAGGCCACGUGGGAAAGCGGAGGGGGUCGAAAGGCCCCCACGAUGGGGGCUGUGACAGAUGAGCCCGCUCGGGGUCUGGAGAUUGUGAGUGGCUUGGAGGAGCUGCUUGGUGAAGACACCAUUGACCAGGAGUUGGAGCAGCUCUACCUGUCUCACCUGAGCCGCUUGCGGGCUGCUGUGGCAGCAGGGGGUGGCGGGGAGGGCUCUACAGAUGGAGGGACGUCCCCCAGCCAUUCCCUGGGCAUACUCACGGACCGUGACCUGAUCUUGAAGUGGCCUGGCCCCGAGAGGGCCCUGAACAGUGCCCUGGCCGAGGAGAUCACGCUGCACUAUGCGCGCCUGGGGUGUGGCGUGGAGCUCAUCAAGGACACUGAGGACCCUGAUGACGAGGGGGAGGGCGAAGAGGGGCUCUCCAUCACUCCCUCUAGCCCCGACGGAGACAGCCCUAAGGAAUCACCUCCAGAAAUCCUCUCUGGGGCGCGCUCUGUGGGAGAUGUGUGGCUCCCAUGGGCUGGGGGCUCCAGAUGUGACAGCCCUGUGAUUCUGGGAACACAGGGACAGUUUACUGAGAAUCCAGAGAAAGGGGUGGGCAAGGAUGUCAACUCUUUGCAUAUGAAUAGGCCCAUAGUUGGGGUGGCCAGGUCCCCAGGGGAAGCUGGGACAGAAGCCCGGAUGGAGGUUCCUACUGGGUGGACAGGCAGCUUGCUAUGUAUUUCUGAUAAUGAGCCUGCUGCCCCAGCUCUGCCAGAGCAGCACGCUGCUCUUCUUAGUCCCCCAGGGACUGAAGUUUGUCCUUCUAGUGUAGCCAACCGUCAUGUGACCUCCCAGGAUGAAGAGGGUAGAAGCCUAAACCCUGAGUCCCCAGAGAGGUCUCCCAUGCCAGCUGCCCCUGCAGAAUGUAUGUGUGGCUUGGCUCCUCAGCUUUGGGGGCCCUUGACUCAAACUCUGGGUGUCCUGGCUGGGCUAGUUGUGGUUCCUGUGGCUUUGAACAGUGGUAUGUCCCUUCUGGUGCUUGUGUUGUGCCUCUCUCUGGCCUGGUUCUCGUAGGGACUGCCUGUAGGAUCAGUGACAGCAGAUUUCCUCCUCUUCGGGGUCUGGAGAUUUGCAGUUCCUCUGUCACCCCAAGGAGGUGAAAUGUAGCCUGUGUAGUGAGGGACUUGGGUCCUUUGGUUUUGAGAGUGCUUGAUUGGAGAGAGGCCUUCCCAGCUCUGAGCUCUCCGUAGUCAGCGCCAGGCUUCCCGCAGUAGAGCUUGUGCAGUGGAAGGAAUGGCGGAUUGUGUGAGAAAUUUUAGAAUGAACCAGGCAUGCCCCCCCCCGACCCCCGAGCCUGUAUUUAUUUUUGUAUAAUUCUCUGGAUGAGGGAGAGUGGUCAUGAGCUGGUCUUGGGGCACAAUUACCCAGAGAUAUAUUUAUUAACAGCCAAUCUGUGCAACCUGCUGGAGCUUUAUUUUUAAUUUAAUUUAUAUAGAGUACCUAUUAUUAUUAUAUGCCACAAUAGAGCUCUAUGAGAAAUGAUGUGUCUUGCUGUGCUGGUCUCCUGUUUGGGCCUGAGUGUGUAGGGUGGUCACAUUCUGGGGAAUUAGCAUGGUCCAUGGUGGGAGUGGAGAUGGCCAUGGCCAUGCCUACUGCUGCCUCCUCAAUGUGUUCUUGAGGAUCUGUAUCUCUUUGCCUUGUGGUCCUAAUA